GAAGAACAUCCAUUUCGAACACGGCAGCACAGCGAAGACGACGUGUGUGUGUUCUUACAGAGGUUGACUCUUUCCUCCCGCCCAUAAUGUCUCGAGUUGCGACACAUAGGCUGUUCGCAGCACCUUCAGGCCUCCGCGCCGUGGCCAUGGCGCAAGCUGCGAAUCGCUCCUUCUACCUCCAGUCGCGACACUCAAGCUCCCUUCCUACGGUAGCGCAACUCGAUUUCUGGAAGGGCCUCAUCCCCAAACCUUUCAGGUCCGAAGAGAAACUUACCGACGAUCCCAUGAUCAAGCGAGUCAAGCCGAAGAGAAAGAAGGAAUGGAACCCGGCCACGUUCUACAUUGUCAUCUUCCUCCUGAUCGGUUCCAUGUCCAUCAACAUGCUGUCGACGAAGCAGGCGUUCGAGGCGUUCUCUCGACAGGCAGAUGUCCGCAUCGGCGUCUUGCGGGAGGUGGUUGAGAAGCUACAGAGGGGCGAGACGGUUGACGUGGAGAAGGCGCUGGGUACGGGCGACGCUCAGAAGGAGUUGGACUGGGAGGAGAUGCUAAGAGAGAUUGAGCGAGAAGAUGUGUCGCGACAAAAGAAGCAGGAAAAGGCACGGCAGGCGGAGGCCACAACAACGGCGGCGGCGAGUAGCAAGGCCGAAGCACAACCGACAGCGGCAGUGCCCGAAGCCGCAAGGCCACCGGCGCGGGGCAUGUCGAGCUUUUUUUAGUUAUGCAAAUGGCAACGCUUUGGAUUGGUACAAAUCGUGGUGGUCUAUGACAACAUAUCUUUGAACACGCCAUGGUUCUCUUCGGGCGCUCCUACGGUCCCAACCGGACCCGAGGCGGUCCUUUGCAGCUGGCGUAGCUGCUCUACCAGCGCGGGAAGCACGACAUCGGUGGACACUUCUGUCCGCACUCCCCGAACACCCGUGGGGUCCGGGUCUUCCACGGCGGAGAUCUGGUCCUCGCCCCGUACGCCUCCGGUGUUCACCACCGCAAUGGGCAUGCCGCGGUCCAGCGCCAUCUUGGCCAGCCGCCAGGCAGAGUACGUGGCAAGUGAAGUCCCCAAGAUGAGAAGCUUUCCGGCCCCGUCAAUGGCCUCUUCGGCCGCCGUCUUGACGUCGCUCGGAAUGCUCUCACCAAACAUGACUACGGCGGGCUUCAAUAUGCCCCCGGAACUGGUGGAUUUCCACGCACCAUCGUGGUCGACUUCGACAACGUGCUUGGUCCCCUCAGGCGUGGACGGCGGCUUCGCGAGACAGUGCGGGCAGGCCGGGUAUCUAAAGGUGGUGUAUGGCGCGCCUGGCAGAUCCACGUCGCCGUCGGGGUUGGACUUGAUGCCCUUGGCCUUGCGCUCGGCAGGAUUCUCCGUGUCGAGCGCCCCGGAAGCUAACGCUUCGACGAGGAAGGCUGCCCAGGCCGGGUUGAGCCUCGCAAGCUCAUCCUGGAAGGCGUCUCUGGGGUACUCGUUCCUGCAAGUUACACAGACUGUGGAUCGUAGAUAGCCGUGCAGCUCUAAUGUUGGAAUGUCAGGAUGAGCUGUUGAGUGAAAUGAAUCAACGUUUUGCGUGAUGACGCUCCGAAUCAGGCCCAUGUGGCCCAAAUCUCGGAUGGCAUAGUGACCAUGAUUUGGCGACGCCUUGUGAAGCGACGUCCAACCCAAGAAACUCCUGGCCCAGUACCGUUUCCUCGCCUCGUGGUUGGCGAGGAACUCGUGGUAGUAGAUUGGGCGGUAGGUCUUGUUCACGCGAUACGUGCCAUUGACGCCUCGGUAGUCGGCGAGACCGCUGGAGACGGAUAGGCCCGCCCCAGUCAGUACGACGGUCGACCUCGGCAGGCCCUUUGGAGGCGGGGCCGUGAAGAAGUUCUGGAGGGCCGCGACAGCACCGGGGAUGGUAUUUGCGGUGCUUGGACGGACUGUGGGAGGGGCCAAGAGUUCCGUGUAGGGAAUGCGCAUAAGAGGUUUGCGCAUUGGGGCGAUGAUGUUGCGUUGUUGUGGUUGAGGUUGCGUAAGGCCUAUUCGGGAUGUGGGAGGGAAUUCCGGAGCCGCUUGAGAGUCUCAGUCAAGGGGGGAAGGUAGCUCCGGGGGAUGUACGUGGACGCGGCGGAGGCUCAGCAGAAAGAGGGAGGAGAGUGGAUGGGAAAGGGGGUGGGAGGAAGUGGUUAUGUGGACAUGUUCACCCUGGCGUUGAAUUUAAGAAUAGAAGUGAUCAAGGGACGGAAGGAGAUUUCUGACAAGCGCGUGUUAAUGGAAACGUUGCGACAGGCUCGAAUUUCAA